UUUGAAAAGCCUUUUUAUUCAUUAAUAAAUGUCUAUUGGCAAUAUGACUCCAGUCGUAUCGUUUUUAUCGAAUUCCUAGUCAUGCGUGCCCUAAGACUACAUUAAAAAAGCUUGCCAAUAACUAUACAUGCUAUCCGCUAAAUCAUUUUUGUUCAUUUGCGAACGAAUCCCAAGCUUUUCAAGGAUCAUUUAAGACAUGUUUUGAAAGACGAACAUUCAAGAUAUACAUAAUUAUAAUAUAAAAGAUAAUAUUUCAGUGUUCAACGCGGUAACUUGUGGAUAUCUAGAACACGGGAAAUAAGAUAUGUGCACAUGUAUUAUAUUGUUGGAUUUUUAUUGGGCUGUGUUUUAAUUAAGGCCUACCGAGAUUAUAGAAGGAUGCCGAAUUGUACUCUGGUUAUAUACGUUCUCGUGCUGGUCAUGGACCUAGUGGUCGGAUGUUCGAUCAUCGUCUGGAAGUGUAAAUUCAGCGAAUCAGAAGAAGAGUGUGAGCUGGCCGCUGGAGGAACAGUUGGCAGUGUUAUUAUAUGGAUACUAAUUAUGCUCGUGUGCCCGUGCUUCGCUACAUGGAUAGAGAUAUGCGUUACUCUGGAUAACUUUAAAAAGAAAUGCAUUAAAUACAUGGACAAAAUACGACCUAAAAAGUCACGUGAUGUUGUAAUUCAGAAAGAGGCAAACAAUCAAACAACUACGGUGCUGCUAGAUAAAGGUCAAGCUCCGUCAGUUAAUCAGCGCUCAAAUAUUAACAUAUGUAAUGAGACACGAGGAGCCAGGGACCAAAGUGCCAUUAUUCAUAAUACAGAUAGAGCCAGGAACCACAUACCUCCCUGUCACGGACCCAGUAAUCAAACUACUGUCAUCAAAUAUCUACAACAAGAUGUCCCUUGAAUACUUCACACAGAGCAUAGAGACAAGACAAUAAGAAAGGUUUUUGAAUAGUCAGAGAGAAAGAGCAAAAUAUUUCGAUGAUAAAAGGACACGUGAUAGAAGUACGAGAAAACGCACUAUUGAGCAGUAAUUAAUCGUUCCGAACUCGUCAUGAUAAAGCACUUGCUUCUACGAAAAUAUACAUGUAACUUCAUAGUAAAGAAAUAUAUUUUCAGAAGACAAAACAGUAAAAUCCCCAUAUUAGACCUUAAGGAUAAAAGUACCAAGGAAGUACAUGUACAGAACCGAGGAGUGAUCAGUGUAUCAUAUCUGGCAACAUUUUACAAAAUCAUGUACCUUUUAUCAAGAUUAUGUAUCAAACUGAAAUUAUUCCUAAAUGUGACGGCGUCCAACACAAUUUUCGUCCUUUGAAAUGCUGGUACCUAAAGAAAAGGUCAGUGAAGUCAAAUAUUGAAGUAAGACUGUAUAUCUAAUCAUCCCCAACAUCGAAAAUAUUACCAUCAGGGUAUUUAGUUAUCAAAGUAUAACUGUUACUUUAAGAUAAGUGUACUGUUUUAUUAACGAUAUCUUGUGUACUUUGUGAAAUAAAACAAUAAAUGUUA